GGCGCCGCGCGACGACGGGUCGAGCCGGGCGGGCGAUCGCGCGAUAGCGUUGCGUAUAUCGUCAGAUCCAGGCGUGUCUCGAGCUGAGCGGUGACUUCGCUCGUUCGUUUCCGCCGACGCAGCUGUUUGCUUCGCGAACCGCUUCGACGAGCACUCCGUCUGAACACCCUCCGCGAGCGAGCGGCACAGUUCGGCACAUCGCUCGCUCGUCCGUCGACCCUAAGUCAAGAGAUCCAAGGAUAUCCAAGAGAUCACCAUGUCAGGCUCGCUCGAGGAGUCCGCGCCCUUGGUCGACGCGCCGGCGUCGUUGACCGCGACGGAUCGCGCGCAACACCAAAGUCGACGCUCGAGCCUGAGCCUGAAGACGACGCUCGCGGUCGGCUCGGCGUGCGCGCUCCUCGUCGGGGCGGCGAUCGUCUCGAGCGUCAACUCCGCGCGCGAUGCGUCCGUCCAACCGCUCGGCGCGCGCGCGCGCUCGGCGAAGGCGGACGCGAUGGAUUUGGAAGGGGACGCCGCCACGCUCGGCGGCGACUUUUACGACUUCGAGCGCGUCGGCGGCAACUUGUCGUGCCUGCCGGCGAUGACGAGCGACUACCCGAACGCGAUGAACGGAGACGAUGACAGGGCACACGAGACCGAACACAAGAUCACGCCGAGGGAUUGCUCGUGGUAUAAACAGUUGCACCCGUUUGCGCAGCAGCGCGCGAAGACGCCGUCGUCGUGCGCGCCGGCGAACACGCUCUUUGUCUCCAUCGCGGAUUCGGAAAACUAUGACAUCGCCAAAUUAUCGACGCAGCGCGUUGUGAAUCAAAAGUGCUUCAUUGAGCGGUACAUUUUGAUCACGCUGGACGCCGACGCGACGAGGAAGUGCGAAAGCGAGAAGCUGUUUCACUGCUUGCAAUACGCCGACGGGCACGCGUUCGACGGCUUGGUGCACUCGGGCGGGCACGCCGACGACCUCAAAUACAAACAGCUGACUUGGUUCAAACAAAAAGUCACUCUCGGUUUGCUCGCCGCGAAUGUGGACUUUUUCAUCUUCGACACGGAUGUUCUCCUUUUUAAAGUCCCAGACUUGGGGCUUUUACUCCGCAAACAUCCGCACACAAAUGUGUUUUAUCAACAAGGCCAGGUGGGAUAUAACGCGCUGUACCGUGGACGCUACCCAUAUAUGCAAAAGAAUGAGUACGCUAAACAACACCAUCAAGACGCUUGGAAUUUCAACUCGGGCCAAGUCUUCUGGCGCGCGUCGCCGACGACGCUGAAAAUCCAGCGGCUCGCUUUGAAUUACGGUCCUCACCCGAUGGAACAAGAACGUGUAGCGCAGGCCAUCAACGAACUCAGUAUGAAAGGCGAAGCGCAUGCGUUCGCACUGUCAUACGAUGACUACGGUUCAGGGUGUGCCGAUGUCAACAAGCUCCCGGGCGAGACUUGGGAUUUCGGGAGCCCAGAAGUCUUGCGUCACAUGCGAUCCUGGACGACGCUGCACUGCGACUGUGGCUUAGGCAAGUCGCCUGGUAUGAUAAUGAUUGAAGCUCGUUUAGAAUGCCUCGCGAAGUAUAACUCCGAAGAGUUGUGUGUUGGAAUUCGUUCCGCCGAGGACUGGGAGAAGAUGAAAGAAGAACGCGGGGCGAGUCUCGGCGACCAGGAAAGACUCAAGAAACUCACGCCUGCAAGCAUCACGAGGAGUAAAAUGAAGACGAUGUUAGCUCGAUUCGAGUGCGUCCUCGCGGAUGACGGCCGCGAUUGCUCGGAUAUCACCGUGCUCGCUUUGGACUAGACGAUGAUUUGAUCACUCCAACUUGUUAUGUCACCCGCACCGGGAAAGCGCCUCCGAGCGCGGCGGUGGCGAAAGCGAUCGUCGCCGAGGUCUAGACGCUC